UAGUAGUAGUAGUAGUCGUAGUAGUUAUUGGGAAUUGUCAUAACGUUGCAGGGAGAAUCUUGAAGUUACCUCAGACAAAGAGAUUGUCUUUUGUUUGUUAAUCUGUUUUACAGUUUAAAGGGAGGGUGGUUAUCAACCAAGGAAGAAUGCAUUGCAUUUUCUGGCAUUAUGAGUAAAUGGUAGUGGAGUUACUUCCUGCAGUUAAGUGGUUGUUUUUACAGUAUAACAAAUGAGCAAUAGGGCAUUUUCUUUGGAUAACAAUCCAGGGUUUUCUGUUGGUGGAAUGUGCACUCUAGGACAGCGUGUUGAGAAGAGUGGCUGCAGCUGGUUUGGUCGAAAAUAAUAAAAAACAAGAUCCUGUUACAUGACAAGAUGUCUGCCUGCUUGAAAUUUGACACGAAGAAGGCGAAAGAGGAGGGCCACCGUGAGGAUAAAGGAAAUGCGUGGAGCAGGAAGAGCCUGUGAACAGUGUCAACCGUGAGACUGUUUGCAUGUGUAAACGUGGUGUCAACUGUCAUCUGUAUUAAUCCACAUGACUGUGCUUGUAUAAGGUUUGCGAGUGCCAAGUAGCUUUUCCAGUGUCUAUUGCUCUGUGAGCAAGUUAGUCAACAUUGCCUAACUCUCCUGUCAGCACUCGAGGUUCAAAGGUUGCUUAAGUGCCACAACAGGAGCAAGUCUGACAAAAAAGAUGGACUGUGUCUCUCUCCCGCCACUAUCAAAGUUUGCCAUAUGUGGUGGCACCCAUGGAAAUGAGAUGACAGGAAUACAUUUGUUAAGACAUCUGCAGAAACACAAAGUCGAAAAGGCGGGAUCUGUCUCAAUCACCACUGUCCUGUCAAACCCUCGAGCUAUAGAUGCUUGCAAACGGUACAUAGACACAGAUCUGAACCGGUGUUUCACACACACCCUGCUGAGAACCCCCAUCACUGAUUCGUCGCCCUACGAGUUGCAGCGAGCCCAUGAGCUGAAUGCUAUAGUUGGGCCAAAAGGAAGCGAGGAGGCAGUGGAUCUGAUUUGUGAUCUCCACAACACCACAGCAAACAUGGGACUGUGCGUUAUAUUUAAUUCCACAGACUUGAUGGCUCUGCACAUUUACAAAUACAUAAAGAGCAAGAUAACCUCUGUGCCUGUGAGAGCGAUUGACACGAGAGAACCCAUCUCUGAGAAUUACUCCUUGGACUCAGUGGGAAAAUACGGCUUCUCAUUCGAGGUGGGCCCUCAACCUAAUGGUGUGCUCAGAGCUGAUGUCUUUAACGUGAUGAAAGAGGCGGUGGAUCUCACAAUAGAAUGGAUUCAGCAAUUCAAUUCAGGAGUUACUUUUGACGGCGGUGAGGCAGAAACAUAUUGCCCUGUAAAUAAAGUUGACUACCCAAGGGAUCCUACCACCAAUGAAAUCACUGCUGCUAUACACCCUGAGCUGCAGGAUAAUGACUUCAAGCCUCUCCAACCAGGCGACCCCAUCUUCCAGUCAUUUGCAGGAGAGACAGUGAAGCACGAGGGGAAAGGACUUCACCCUGUCUUCAUCAAUGAAUGUGCCUACUAUGAGAAGAGGACGGCUUUCAUUUUAGCUGAAAAGAUCACAGUGACCUUUCCGUCUAUAUGCGUGAAGAAGGACUGUGGAGUCUAAAUAAUGAAUGAAUACGUGGAAAUCAAAUGAUUCACAAACUAAAACUCAGAACAGUGCAAUUAUUUUUUAAAUUUUGUUUUGUUAAUUUAUGACACUCAAUGAUACUGAGCGCACAAAUGUUGUAGUUCAAAUCCUCUUUGUUGAUUAGCAGAUAAAAAACGGCAUUUUUUUCUGCACCGAUGCUAGCACUACUGCAAAAUCAACAUGAAUAAAUGAAGACAUGAAUCACUUUAA